AUGGCCUGCAUAUCCCAAGGCCCCGAGGAUGGGUGGUCCGCCACAAUCAUUGGCUUCGCUGCGCGGAGGAAAGCAAGGAGUGAUCAUUAUGCCAGAGAGAUCCUGAAAAGCGAGCCACAGGCGCCGAAGGAGGGUGAGGACACGAGCAGCGCAUUCCGAGACCGGGCUGAAAUGCCUUGCAUACGUCCAGAUGGCGGUGAGAAGAGUUACCGCGGGUCAAAAUCAAUGGAAGAGUACCCGGACGGUUACGCUGAGAUGGUUGAUUCAGAAGAGUACUGUUCUCGGUACAGAGGGCGCUCAGCUCGUGGCCAGAAAGUUGGAAAAUGGACGGUCCGGCCCGGUCUGUUCUCCAAGAAAAAGACUGGGACUUGCGAACGAUUGAUUGAAUCUGAGACUGCGGAAGUAUCAGCGUGCCCCCGAAGGAUUGGAUGUGAGCGCUUAAACGACCGGGAGGAGGGCUGCCAACGAAUGAUAGCUGCAUCACAGUCCCAGAGACUGCAAUCGGGACGACUCUUCUCUGGAUUUCCUGGCAGGCAUCAGCAGCGCGGAGUUGGCUGGCUCGAGAUGGGUUUCAAGAUUUCUUGGGGUGAUCGGUGGUGGUCGUUGUGGGAUGGGAACCUCGCCGUUGCAACUGUCGAACCUGAUUGCCUGAGGCUUCAAAACUUCCCCCCUCCCUUCUUCUCAACGAACGACGCGGGCCCAUCUGCCUAGACGGUCGAUCGCCUGUCAGGUCGGACAGCGAGCUCCAUUACAUCAUGUGGUAACUGAGAGACGCACUCUAAAUGGGCGAUAGCGCCAGGUACCACCUGAUUUUGCGGAGAAAGCAACUCCAUCGCAGAGUGACGAAUGAGGCUGCGCAUGUGGCGGCGUGGUCACCGGUGCGCUGACUCAGCGAGCUAGACCGGCUCCAGUUAGCGCGGGCGUAGG